UGCGGCUGUGAUUGACUAGACCAGGCAAAAAGAGAUCGAUAGCUAAGUGGCGGUGCUGCAGCCCCAGUGGUCGUAGGCAGGAUGCAGACCAUAAAGUGUGUGGUGGUGGGUGACGGGGCAGUCGGAAAAACCUGCUUGCUCAUCUCGUACACCACCAAUGCCUUCCCCGAAGAGUACAUUCCCACAGUGUUUGACAACUACAGUGCUCAGAUGAGCGUUGAUGGCCGCACCGUCAGCCUCAAUUUGUGGGACACAGCAGGCCAAGAGGAGUAUGACCGACUCCGCACGCUUUCCUAUCCUCAGACCAACGUUUUCAUCAUCUGCUUUUCCAUUGGCAGCCCUUCCUCUCACGCCAAUGUCAGGCACAAGUGGCACCCUGAGGUGUCUCACCACUGUCCCAACGUGCCCAUCUUGCUGGUGGGCACCAAGAGGGACCUUAGGGGCGAUACAGAAACCGUGAAGAAGCUGAAGGAGCAGAGCCUGGCUCCAACCACCCAGCAGCACGGAAACGCCCUGGCCAAGCAGAUUGGGGCUGUCAAAUAUAUGGAGUGCUCUGCUCUGCUGCAGGAUGGUGUUCGGGAGGUCUUUGCUGAAGCUGUGAGGGCAGUGUUGUAUCCAGUCACAAAAAAGAACCCCAAGAAGUGUGUUCUCUUGUAAUAAACGGUUGCCAGAUUUGGACUGUGGAGAGUGAACGAUGGAGAUCCACAGAUGCAAAGGCUGAGGAAUGAAUGUCGUCAUCUGGCUGCUUCCAUACCAGCAGUUAAGACUUUGAUUUCAGUUCUUCUGUUACCCCUCUCUUCCUUAUUCAUCUCCUGGGGGGGGGGGGGGGGGGGGGGCAACAACAGACCGGAUCUCUACUAUUUUCUUUCCAUUUUAACUUUUGAUAUUUACACUUUUCUCCAUUUUUACAUCUGUUCUAGAUUUAUAGCUUCUCUGCUUUGCCUUAUAAACGCUGAUCAUGGUUGUCAAUAGCCAUCAUAACAUCAGAACCAAUCUACAAAGCUACCCUGAUUGACUGGAGAGAGGAGAUCUGCCUUACUUACUGGAGAAAUAAUGACUACCUCAUACUCUCACCUAGGUUGCAUCUCAUAAGUAUCAAGCAACAUCACCAUCAACAUGCUUUUACUUCCCUAUUUAGAUGUAAUAAACAGCCAAGUAGAGGGUGAACAAGUUAAUUUCAAGCAGUUUGAAUCCAGACAUGAUGUGGUGACUCCAAGACAAAUGCCAGUACCCCUUGACCAAUAAGGACAGAUUAGAGGUUAAACCUUAGAGCUGCAGUUCUCCUUGUGCUCAGUCUGGCAUGUUGGAGCUGCCCUUCCAGCCUCUUGCACUGCUCUCACUGUCACGCAUGGAAGAGCCAGUAGGCCUUUAAAGAUAAGCGGGACCCAUUGAAAGCAGCUGACCAUUUGCUCUCUUCAGUAAUAGAGGAGCAGGUGUCAUAAGGCCACUGGCAAAUGAUCUGGUACAGGAUUUCUCGAGCUGGCAUAUCAGAAGGUCAGGUUGUAGUACGGCUCUACUCUGUCUACGUCUUAACUCUUGAGGUUCACACCAAGUGCCAUUAAAAGAUGCCUAAGAAUGACUUUUUGACAGGGUGUGGUCAAAAAGACUUUAAUUAUGUUGAAUUUACUCUGUAUUUGAUUUUUUUUUUAACCUACGAGUGCGGUUAUGGCCAAAGUUGAAUAUAUUUUUUGUAAUAGCUUAUGUUUAUUUGAUCAGUAAGAUGUUUGUGUGUAAUAGUUAAUACUCAUAUUUGAUAAAUCAGAACUCCAUAAUGCUCCUUUUGUCAUUUACAUUAUUGCCUUACAUUUAAGGUCAACAGACUAUGACCACUGCCUAAUAACAAUUCAGUAUAGCAUAUAAUACUAGAAUAUGUUUUAACUGACAUGUCUUAGGCUAUAUAAAUAUGUAUCUUGUAUGAGCAGGUUAUCUAUAUUUAAGAAGCCCUUUAUUUGGUCAGGUGCCUUAUCUAAACCAAAAACCACAGCAGGGCUCUUGUUAAACCCAAAAGUUCUUAUUAUUGUAAUGCUAAUGCCACGAGACCUUCAAUUCUUCAAAAUGUACAAAAGCUUUCUGCCCUACUUUCUGCCAGUAAACACCCCCCACCCUUUGUAAGACACAGGUGUUAAACUGACAUGUCUGUGUGCAUUUGUGAAACAAAGCACAUGAGGCGGAGCGCUCGUGGCCUGUAGCUCUUGACAGAUUGUGGUUUACAUCGGCACAAGCAGAUCUUGCACAUACGGUUAGCAAGAGCUGUGUUGGUGGAACGUGCCUUGUCACAUCUGAGGAUUUGUAUACUUUUUAUACAUUUUUUUUUUUUAGUAAUGACUUGUUUCUCAUUUGUGCUUUCAGUCGCCAGUAAUAACAGCAUCCCUUGUAACAGUUCUAUUCAUUCAAUCACUCGAGGGGGUGUUUGAUGAGUCAACCUAGAUUGUGGUCUGUGUUAAAUCGAGCAUAACGCAGCACGAGCAGGAGAUUUUGUGUAACGGGGAAUUGGUUUGUGAUCUGCCGAGAUCUUCCCAAUUCAGUGUGUGGAGGGUUGAAUGUAAGUGCACAAUAUGUCAAACUGUCAACUGGUGAGCUUGUUUUUUUUUGUUGCUAUGUCCUGAUUUCACUCAGAUAAUGCUGUUGAAGUGGAACAUACACCUGUGGGCUCUGUGUCCCGGAGCUGUAUGCUGCCUUGUGCGUGGUACUGCGCUUUUACACUGGGAACUUGAUUUGUAUAAAUCUGUUUAAUUGUUUUAUAUAUAACAAAAGCAUAUUUGUAUAAAUGAACUAACAGUGAGAUGAUUUUAAAUUAUGUCAAAUAAAAAGGUGGUUUGAAA